UUCAGCCUGAGGGAUGCCAUUAAAGGGAACCAUGUGAAGCUUGUGCGAACAGUUGUGAAAAGUGGUGACUGUACGUUUCCCAGCCUUGUCAGUUGCCUGGUGGAAGCAUGUGCUUCCGGUCGUGCAGAUUGUGCAGCAGCGAUCCUGGAAUCUGGAAUCUCCCCAAAUGUGCAGGACACUGAGGGGGCUUAUCCAAUCACUGAAGCCUGUGCCAAUGGGCAUGCAAGUGUGGUGGAGCUGUUAUUGUUAUGGGACUGUGACCUUUUGGUAAGAUGUGGUCAAGAACAGUCGACUGCAUUGCAUCUAGCUGCAGAAAAUGGUUAUCUAGAAUGCAGCAGACUGCUAGUCAAUGCAGGUGCCGAUGUGAACACCAGAAACGGUCUAGAUGAUACACCACUUAUUCUAGCAUGCUGCAAUGGAUACAUAAGUGUUGUUAAGUAUUUGUUGGCUCACCAAGCUGCUGUUCGGCGUAGAGGAUACCUAGACAGAACAGCUCUACAUUGUGCAACAGAAAAUGGACAUCUUCAGAUUUGUAAGAUUCUUGUCACAGCAAAGGCUGAUUUUGAAGAAGAUGAUUCAUUUGGAAAUACACCUUUGAUUUCAGCAGCUGAGAAAGGCUAUGUUGAGCUUUUGAGGUUGUAUCUUGCCACUGGGUGUGACGUUAAUCGGACAAGUCACAGUGGCUGCACUGCCUUGCAUUUUGCUGCCCAGCAUGGUGAUCUGGAGUGCUCACGUCUAUUACUGCAGGCUGGGGCAGAGAUUGAUGCCCAGGAAAUGAGAAGAUUCACUCCAGUUAUGAUGGCUGCUAUGAAUGGCCAUGUACAGAGCAUAAAACUUUUAGUAGAGAAUAAGUGUAAUGUGAAUAUGGUUGCAUACAAUAAACGGACUGCAUUGCAUUUGGCUGCAGAAAGAGGUCACUUAGACUGUUGUUCUUGUCUGCUAGAAGUGGGAUGUUACAUUGAUGCUCAAGAUGCUUUAGGGAAUACACCAAUAUUUGUAGCAGCUUCCAAAGGACACACCACAAUCGUUACUUACCUUAUCGGUAAAAGAGCAGAUCUAGGUAAAGAACCAUAUAAUAAGAACACCCUUCUUCAUUGUGCAGCAGCUAGUGGUAGUCUGCCAUGCUGCACGGAGCUUGUACGUCGUGGAUUUGACAUCAACUCAAAAAACAGGGACAAUCUAACACCCUUGAUCAGUGCUGUGAAAAGUAAACAUUGGAAGACCACCAAUUUUCUUUUAAGUAAAGGAUGUGAGAUUAACACUAAGGGCUUGCAUGGUAUGACUGCCUUGAACGAAGCAGUUUUCAAUAACUGCCCCCAUUUAUUGAAACUUCUCCUGGAGUAUAAAGCAGACCCAGACAUAGAGGACGAUGGAGGGACAUUGCCAUUGUGGUUCGCAGUGGAUGCCUGUUAUUAUGAGUGCAUACGGUUACUAACCAAUGCAGGCUGUAGAUUUGACAUCCGUUCAACACUGAAUGAUAGUUGUAAACCCUGUAAUGCUUUGGAGCAUGCUAUACACAAGCAGAGAGUUUCAGUUAUUGAAUAUCUCACUGAGGUUUAUUGUGAAGAUGCAAUUAAUUGUCUAAAACUAGUAUGUAAUGGUCUUGAGGGGUCCCCAGUUGUGUACCCUAGUACUAAAACUUGUAUUGUUGAGCUAACAAAAGGUCCCAGUUCAUUGAAAUCACUCAGUCGUAAGACGGUUAGAAAGAGUUAUAGAUCGGGGUGCUUGUCAAAGGAGCAACUGGACCAGUUGACACUUCCGAAGUCCGUUGUUAGUUAUAUUUUAUUCUCUGAUUUACUUGAAGAUUUAAAUGUCACUUUUUAACAUAGCUCACUUUAUCCUGAGCUGAUGUUUAGGUAUUGUGAUGACACAGUUGUCUUAACAGUUGACUCUUAUGUUGUUAUUGUUAACUAGUUUUACACUCUUAAUAGUUCACAUAAAAACUACCAAUCUUCAUGAAACUUCAUGAAAGUGUUUGUUAUAGGUCAAAAUUAAACAUGGGUCAUAUCUAAGGCACCAGGUCCAAUUUUAGAAACAAAACUAUAUCUUUACCAAAACUUAUCCAACUUGUACAGACUUCAAUAAUCUGACCUAAAGCCACUUUGAGUGCAUACUUGAUAUAAUUCAUUUAUUAAAUGUUAGAAAGAAAAAUGCUUGAUUAUUGUUCAUCAUAUCAUUGUCAUUAUAUUUUGUGAUUACUUAGUUUUUGCUUUAUUGCUUGGUGAUGUGAAAAAACUGUGUGUAAAACAAGGAAAAAUGCUUGAUUAUUGUUCAUCAUAUCAUUGUCAUUAUAGUUUGUGACUACUUUCCAUCCGGCGGUGGCUUCUUCACACUUAUUUUCUAUCAAUCUCUUUGAAAGACUUGUUGCAGAGUCUUUAAAGUUAGUAUGCACAUUGGUUAUGGUCAGUUGAUGACCCUAUUGAUAUUAGAGUCAAAGGUUAAGGUCAUGUUGACUUUUGUUAGAAAAAUGAGUGUUUUUGUUUAUGAUCAAUAACCAUUGAACAAUUAGGUUUAUAUUCUUGAAACUGCAUAUGCACAUUGGUCAUGGUCAGUUAAUUACCGUAUUGAUUUUAGCGUCAAAGGUCAAACCUGGGGUGAUAUUUACUACAAAUAUUAUGAGCUGUCCCGGCAGGUGACACAUCUGAUUUUGCAGAAUUCUAGUUGUUUUUAACAGUAAGUAUUAAGAAUUCUGUGGACAUCCGCUGAAUGUGUUGAUGGCUGUAGAGACGUGCACAUAAUACAUGAACAUUUCUAGGGGUGAAAUGAUCUAUCUGCUUCUUUAUUUUAUGUUAGAUACAACUUUUCACACUCACCCUAAGUGUACAUUGAAACAAUGAUGCGUGUUGCUGGCGUUAUGUAUGAUUCACAGUACAAAUGUGAAAAGUAUCCAUGUUCUAGACAAGAUGUAACCUAUCUUAAUAUUUUUAACGAAAUUCAUAAUAUUGAGGAGUACAUGUAGUUGCUUCAGAGCUUUCGUAUUUAUAUCAAUAAUUGAUUAACUGUAAUGCUUCUACAGUUAUAUAAAAUGUAAUAAAUGAUAAUUUUGUGUUAACUAUAUGUAUGAAAGAUACAUUGCACCAAUGUGUAGUAUCAUCUUGUUGUAUUUUGCUACAUUGUAACUGUUUACAAUUGGGACCAGUUUAUACUAGCUUGAAUAAAAUGAUAACUUAUAAGUGAUUUUAUGAUUUAACAUUAAACGAGUACAUAUAUUCUUACCAUUCUUUAAGCAAUGCACAUUUAACAAUGAUCAUCUUUGUUAGUGGUUAUAAAUUGGAUGCUAAUUACACAUAAUAUUUAUGUUUAUAUUUUUAAAACAAUGAUAAGUAAUGUUAAUUUUCACUCAACUGUGUUUCUUUUUACCUCCAUGCUUUUCAGGCAGUUUUCAUAUGUACACUCAACUAUUUUUUGCUUAAAUGUCUGGCUAAAAGGAGCGGAUUCUUUUGUAUUUACGUUGUUAAAAUGUUUAAAAAAUAUUUCACUGGUGAUCACAAAAAAAGAUGUUUUCAGUCGCGGCUGUGCCACUGUUGAAAAUAUUGCUUUCUGGGUUCACACUACGAAUACAUUUCUUUCUUACAGUGAACAGCAAAAAUCAACUAAUAUCGUCUAUUUAAUGAAACACGCUCCUGAAGGCAAUCCAAUGGGACGGAUUGUUGUUGGUCAUUUGUUAAUAAUAGCUUUGAAUGACCUAUUAGGCCACUAGGCUCUUGGUCAUUUUGAUAUAGAAGAAACACUCUUUGGCCACCUUUCUUCCCAAUCUUAGGCAGAAUUAUUUAAUUCUAUGAGUUUGUUUUUUGCCAAUACUGAUAUACAUGUAUAUAAAGGAAUAUAUUUACGUUUUCUUUAGAUUUUAGUAAAAUUGGCUUUAAACGGAGACAGGUCUCAAACGCUUAUAAACAUUUUCAUUUUAAUUGAGAUGUUAACAUGUAGUUGCUUUUGUUUAGAUAUAUUCUUGUUAUGUUUUAUAUUGCGCAAAUCAAAUAUUUUUGCUACCAACGCUAGUAACAGUAUAAGUCUUUUGUUAUUGGUGCAUUGGCAGUCUUCAUAGAUAUUAAGGUGUAGUCAUUUAUCAUAUUAUUAUUUUGUUACAGCUGUUUGUUUAUUGUUUGUUUAAAUAUAAUCUGAAAUUGUUCUGUUCGAGUCAUAUAAAAGCAGAAAACAUG